GUCAUUCAGACAGUCAGAGGGAAAUUAAUUCUGCAGCAGGUUUGCUACAAACUAUUAUUAUCCAAUUUUUCUUUUUUUCAGUACGAGUCUAAGUCAUCUCCUCCCUGUCAAAGGAUUUGUACAACCUUUAACAUCUGCGACAUCACCACCAUGAAGAUGCUAACUGUGUCUGCACUUCUUUGUGCAUUGCUGGCUCUGACCAGAGCUCUCCCUCUUAAAGAAGAAGAGAAGGAACCUGGGAAACUUACUGUAAUCGAUCCUACAGAUCCUUCAGCACCAUCAGGUACUGCUCCUGAAGAUCCAGCUCCUAAAGAUCCAGCUCCUGAAGAUCCAGCUCCUAAAGAUCCAGCUCCUGAAGAACCAGCUCCUGAAGAACCAGCUCCUGAAGAUACAGCUCCUGAAGCUACAGCUCCUAAAGAUACAGCUCCUGAAGAACCAGCUCCUGAAGAUACAGCUCCUGAAGAUACAGCUCCUGAAGAACCAGCUCCUGAAGAACCAGCUCCUGAAGAUACAGCUCCUGAAGCUACAGCUCCUGAAGAACCAGCUCCUGAAGAACCAGCUCCUGAAGAUACAGCUCCUGAAGAACCAGCUCCUGAAGAACCAGCUCCUGAAGCUACAGCUCCUGAAGAUCCAGCUCCUGAAGAACCAGCUCCUGAAGAACCAGCUCCUGAAGCUACAGCUCCUGAAGAACCAGCUCCUGAAGAUACAGCUCCUGAAGCUACAGCUCCUGAAGAACCAGCUCCUGAAGAACCAGCUCCUGAAGAUCCAGCUCCUGAAGCUACAGCUCCUGAAGAACCAGCUCCUGAAGAUACAGCUCCUGAAGCUACAGCUCCUGAAGAACCAGCUCCUGAAGAACCAGCUCCUGAAGCUACAGCUCCUGAAGAACCAGCUCCUGAAGAUACAGCUCCUGAAGAACCAGCUCCUGAAGAACCAGCUCCUGAAGAUCCAGCUCCUGAAGAACCAGCUCCUGAAGCUACAGCUCCUGAAGCUACAGCUCCUGAAGAUCCAGCUCCUGAAGAACCAGCUCCUGACGAACCAGCUCCUGAAGAACCAGCUCCUGAAGAUACAGCUCCUGAAGCUACAGCUCCUGAAGAACCAGCUCCUGAAGAUACAGCUCCUGAAGAACCAGCUCCUGAAGAUCCAGCUCCUGAAGCUACAGCUCCUGAAGCUACAGCUCCUGAAGAACCAGCUCCUGAAGAUCCAGCUCCUGAAGAACCAGCUCCUGAAGAACCAGCUCCUGAAGAACCAGCUCCUGAAGAUACAGCUCCUGAAGAACCAGCUCCUGAAGAACCAGCUCCUGAAGAACCAGCUCCUGAAGAACCAGCUCCUGAAGAUCCAGCUCCUGAAGAACCAGCUCCUGAAGAACCAGCUCCUGAAGAUACAGCUCCUGAAGAACCAGCUCCUGAAGAACCAGCUCCUGAAGAACCAGCUCCUGAAGAUCCAGCUCCUGAAGCUACAGCUCCUGAAGAACCAGCUCCUGAAGAACCAGCUCCUGAAGAUACAGCUCCUGAAGCUACAGCUCCUGAAGAACCAGCUCCUGAAGAACCAGCUCCUGAAGAACCAGCUCCUGAAGCUACAGCUCCUGAAGAACCAGCUCCUGAAGAACCAGCUCCUGAAGCUACAGCUCCUGAAGAACCAGCUCCUGAAGAACCAGCUCCUGAAGAACCAGCUCCUGAAGAACCAGCUCCUGAAGAUACAGCCCCUGAAGAUGAAGCUCCUGAAGAUGAAGCUCCUGAAGAACCAGCUCCUGAAGAUACAUCAGAACCAGAGGAGGAACCUGGGACAGAGGAACUUCCCGAAUCAGCUGCAGAUCUUCCAGAACCAUCAGAGGACAGCUGCCCUGAUGGUUGGACAAUGUUCGAUGCUCGUUGUCUCCUCUACAUUCCAGAAACCAUGACUUGGGCUAAGGCUGAGGAAAACUGCCAGUCCUACGAUGGAAACCUCGUAUCUGUAUUUGAAAACAAACACUUUAAUGGCAUUCAAGAACUGAUGCAGAAGGCUGGUCACAAGUCUGGACAAAUAUGGGUUGGAGGAUCUAAAGCAACAGAGGAUUCUUCUUGGUCCUGGAGUGAUGGUAUGUCUCCCAGCACAUUUCCCAACUGGUGCUCUGGAGAGCCUUCCAAGGAAAACUGCCUGAAAUCAAACUUUGAAGAGAAUGCGUCUGGAUGCUUGGAGGGCUCGCCAUGUGAUGCUGAGCUCCCAUCUGUCUGCAGCAUAAUCCUCAUGUGAUUCCUGAGCUGACAGAGAGCCACAAUCCAUCUGUGAAAGCACAAACAUGUGUCACUGUGUCAUCAGUGUCCUAUUUAACUUGUGGGAUAUACUGUAUCUAUCUAAUGUUACAUCUUUAUUUCUUCUCUAUCGCUGUAACGCUACUAAGUAACAAGUGAAAUAAACAGGGGCUGGAUUGUCUCUUAGGUCUUAAUGCUUUUAACACAGCUGUAUUCUGCAGAGUGAACUGUUCUUUCCUGGCAAAUUAAAAAGCAUUGGAAAUCUG